CUCUGACCGAACUACCCCACCUUCCCGGCUGGCCGGCUGGGAGAUCUGGUUGGUUGCCGAUUCGUCUCCAAUUCGGGGCAAACGGAGAAGCGCAGAGAAACAAAGAUGAAAUUUUCCAACCGGCCAUGAACAAAUUCCCGAGAAAAUUCCUCUCCGUUUCCUAUCGAUUCCUAGCGACCAAACACCCCGCCGAGAAAAAAAAAAAAUUUCACUUGUUUCUCACUGCGCAAACGACCAAAUCACCCGCCAGACAAGAGAUUCCCACUGCCCAUUUCCCUCCCCACGCCAGAUCAUUCACCACCACCACCACGAUACUAUAAUGCCGUCGUCCCAAAUCCUCCCCGUCACCACAAUCCACCACCACCAUAAAUCCCCCAAAAAUUUGGGGAAUUCCUCCUCGCCGCCAAUUGCAGAGACGUCGCUGUCGAUCAAAGAAGAAGACGAAGAGGAGAGUGUGAAUCAGAUGGUGAUGAACCUAGUCAUCGACGACCCUUCAACCCGGCUCCUGAUUUCUUCCUCCGACGAGAUUACCACAUCCCACAAGAAGCCUCUGCUGUCGCGGAAUUCUAGUUUUUCAGGUAUUUCCACUGCCAGAAGUAGUACUAGUAGUAGUGGUAGUAGCAGUAGCGAAGGGUUGGGCAAGUUUUAUGAUCACAGCAACAAGAAGAGGCGUCGUCGGACGGCUAGUGAAACGUGUCUGCUUUCCUCGAUUGUUUGCUCAGAUGGUGGCGGUGGUGGUGGUGGGGCGGGGGAUGAAGGGAGCGGCCGGCAGCAGUCGUUGAGCCGUGAAGUGGGUCAUGCGGCGGCCGAGACGUUUUUGCUUACCAGAUUGAGUUUGCAGCUCUUGACCUAUCUUGGGGUAGGCUAUAGAUGGGUGAUGAGAUUUGUUGCUCUUGGUUUCUACUCGUUGAUGCUUAUGCCGGGUUUCAUUCAAGUUGGAUAUUAUUAUUUCUUCUCCAAGCAAGUGAUCAGAAGUGUAGUUUAUGGCGAUCAACCACGAAAUAGGAUCGAUCUGUAUAUACCGAAGAAUAGCGAUGGACCAAAGCCAGUUGUUGCGUUUGUAACUGGUGGAGCAUGGAUAAUUGGGUACAAAGCUUGGGGUUCCCUGCUAGGAUGGCAAUUAUCGGAAAGAGACAUUAUAGUGGCUUGCAUAGAUUAUAGGAACUUCCCACAAGGCACGAUGAGCAACAUGGUGCAGGAUGCAUGUCAAGGUAUCUCAUUUGUAUGCGAAAAGAUAGCGGACUAUGGAGGUGAUCCUAAUAGGAUUUAUUUGAUGGGGCAAUCAGCUGGAGCACACAUAGCUUGCUGUGCCCUUGUUGAGCAAGCAAUUAAAGAAGCUGUUGAAGGAGAGAAUGUUUCUUGGAGUGUUUCUCAGAUAAAGGCAUACUUUGGUUUAUCAGGAGGGUAUAACUUGUUCAACCUGGUAGAUUACUUCCACAGCCGGGGUCUGUAUCGAUCCAUAUUUUUAAGCAUAAUGGAAGGUGAAGAGUCUUUAAGACGGUUUUCCCCAGAAGUACUAGCCCAGGAUCCAAGCUUGAAAAAUGCAAUAUCUCUCCUGCCUCCAAUCGUUCUUUUCCAUGGCACUGCAGACUAUUCAAUCCCCUCAGAGGCCAGCACUAGUUUUGCUGAAACGCUCAAGGGAGCUGGAGUCAGGGCUGAGGCAAUUACAUACGAAGGCAAGACCCACACAGAUUUGUUUCUUCAGGAUCCAAUGAGAGGUGGCAAAGAUCAAAUGUUCGAGGAUUUGGUAUCCAUAGUUCACGCCGGUGACCAAGAGGCUGAAGCCAAAGACAAGGUGGCCCCUCCAAGGCGUCGCCUUGUUCCCGAGUGCAUGUUGCAGUUAGCUCGCAAAGUCAGCCCCUUCUAGCAUAGCUUAGCUUAACACAUCCUUUAACGAUAUAAAACGUAGAAGCACUUUCUUCUGUGAAGUUUGCUUCUUCAAGUUACUAUAUGUAUAUGGUAAUUCUUUGUUUCUUUUUUUACCCCCCUUUUGUUUGUAUGAAGCUUGGCAAUCAUUCUUUACUAGUUCAAUGUAGGCCAUUGUUUUGAGAGAUUAUUGACAUUGCGUAGACUGAUUCUUUGAUGAAUGAAACUUGCAUUCUGCAAUAGUCACGAAUACGAAACGUUUGAAUAAUCUGAUCCACCUAUGGUUUCUCUGUAUUUGCUACAAGUGGAUGAUUCGAACCGUCGGAGGAGGUUGAGAUCUUGCUUUGUCAGGUAUAAGUGAUAUCCUUAGCUGCUGCUUCUCCUUUUUUCGCUACCUCUUGAGUUAUGAUCAUCAACUUUUGAUGUCAGGAUCCAGACGUCGCCUUGUCCCCAAGUUCAUGUUGUAUUUGCUUCUUCAUGUUUAUAUAACUCGAGCUUGUCGUUCAUUCUUUACUGGUCGAAAGUAGGCCAUUGUUUUGGGAGAUUAUUGAAAUUUGUGGAUUGAUUUUUUUGGUAAACGAAAC